AUGAGAAUCUUUCUUUUUUUCGCUUGUAGCUCUUACGACGUUUUCGGACUUUCACAGCUGUCAUCAUACUGGAGCAACUUGUUCAGCUCAAUUGUGACCAUUUUGUUAGGACUCGCAAUCAGUGCGUGCACAGGUACUUCAAAAAGUUACAAACAUCGACUUCACAUGUCCAGUAAUAUGUUUGUGAAACUCUGGUGGAAGAUGAACCUCAUUCAGCGUGAUACCGACAUUACGAAUACUCCAUUUAUUGUGGAUCUGACGAAGCCAAAGACUUUCUCUCCGGAAGAAGAGAGCAUGCUGCAGCAAGUCAAAGAGACAAAUAUCUGAUUGGUCUGAUGGAACAUUUUGUUGCGCAAGGAGUUGAGGCUAUUUCUAAAAGUAAUUAUAAAUGUACGUGUGAAUGA